AUGGAGAACCUUCACACACUUGCUAAGACUGGCACUCUCACCCGGUCCAAGCUGACCAGCUACCUGGCACACCAGGACAUCGAUGACCAGGACGAUUAUGGUGAAACACCACUUUUCCUUGCAACCAGAGGCGGCCAUGUGGGUUCUGUAAAACUUCUGUUGCAGAGUGGAGCAGAUGUCAAUGAAAAGGCCCCUGAUGGGAAGACUUCCCUUUAUAUGGCUACUCAGGCACCCGCAAACAACGCGUCUAUCAUUAAGCUUCUCCUGAAGCACAACGCCAAAGCUGAUGGCCCCAUCCCGGAGUUGGGAAAUGACACCCCGAUCAUGGAGGCAGUCAGACAGGGAAAAAGCCCAGAAGCCAUACGCCUCCUCAUCGACCAUGGAGCAUCGUUGACAAACCGGAACCUCAGUGGUCAAUCAGCCCAGAGCCUUGCAGAUAAGUCAACAAAUACUGCUAUUCACAGAGCUUUACGCCCGAAGAAUGAGCAGCCAGGAUGGAAGCAUGAGUUGGAAAAUCUCCUCGUUAGCUCGGCCCUUUUUGGUCUCGCCUAUUUUGGCAAAUGGAAAGACAUCGGUAGCAACGCCAUCAGACGCGUUGCUGCCCUGAGCGUGCCGCAAGCCAAUGCCAAUGUAUAUCCGCAGACAAAGGAUGACUUUAAGCGUCACCUUGAAGAUUUUAUCACAGAAAAUGGCUUGGAGGACUUUUAUCCACAUGGUAAUGAUUAUGUGCAGCAGGUCGCGGGAAAGGCAGCUGAGCUACUGGAAAAUGGCUCGCCUAGCGCCCAAUGGUCCAAGAAUUUAGCCAUCAUGUCCCGGCACGCAUUAUACCAGCCGAUUCUUUAUUGCGAUGACAGUGGCUCAAUGGAAACAAAUGAUACAAUGCCAGAUGAUAGCGGGACCCCGAUGCUCGAGGAUCGAAUGACCCGUCAGGCCGACUUGGUCGAGCGGAUGGCGGAUCUCAUGACUCGCGCAGCUCCUAACGGCUCCGUGCAUCUCCGAUUUAUUAACAAGAUCGAUGGAAGUGCAAACAAUCUGAUGUACGAUCAACUGCGGGAUAGAAUGACUUUCACCCCUAGAGGCGCGACGAAGCUCGGCACAAACCUUAAAGCCAAAGUCUUGGACGAGUUCCUUUACGAGCGAAUCAAUAGCGGUGCCGAAUUGGAAAGGCCGCUUCUCAUUCUGACGAUAACUGAUGGUUGUCCCAAUGAAGAACCUGAAGGAGAGUUCCGCAAAGUAAUCCAAGAUUCAUUGGCUUAUGUUGCGACUAAGGGCUAUGGACCAGAGUGCCUUAGGUUUGAUCUUAGCCAAGUAGGCAAUGACACUAAGGCGAGUGACUUCUUGAAAAGCUGGCAAGGAGAUCCUCUAGUGCCUGCCAGGGUCAACGUUACCGCCGAGCAUUUGGACGCCCGUUUCCAAAGUUUCAGAGAUGGGGACGAGGGCUUUGACCAGUGGCUGUUGGAGAGGCUCAAUCUGAACCCUCUCAUCAACUACUAG